UUUGCAGGUUUGCAACCGGGCUCCUACACUCGAGGUAUGGCGGAAGGCUCUCUUCGAAGACCUCAAUCUCUUUGUCUUGUUCUUCUGCACCUGCCUUGCAUGUUUUGUGCACGUGCCCUUGCACCACCCCCACAAAUCAAUUCCUUUAGCAAUGGCCCCGCCCGUAUGACAUGUGUCUCCGAACCCACAACACCGGUCAGGGAUAUGAUUUGUCCUUCCUCUUAUGAGCCUGGUUCUUGUUGUGGCCAACCUGUGAAUCCUGUUGUUCUUGACAACACAUACGUUCCCUACUUGACUAAUAUUGAUUCCAAUCCAGGACGGAGACCGUCAGGGACAACUACCACAGAGGACAAAGGUACGACCCAGGAAGCAAGUGGUGGAACUCCAUCGAAGAAGAAGAAACCUGGCCGUGGAAUACCUGAUAUCUAUUCCUCAGAAAGUCAUCUAAAGUGCCAUCGACCAAAAUGCUCAAAGAGCUUGCCAACAGAAGAGGCUAGAGUUAAGUUCAGAACUUGCGCCAACUGUUAUACAUAUUACUGCAGUCGACAGUGCCGUAAGCUUCAUAUGUCCCGCCAUAAGGAUCAUUGCCCUCAAACACGCAUCAGCAAUCUAUGUAAGCAAGUACUUAUGAAGGCCAGAGACGAUCCGGUAUCUAGAAGACAUUUGUCUUUGUGUGCCAAACGAGGAUUACUUUCAAGAGGAAGGGGUGCUGUAAAGUUGCUCUUCCUUAACCCAGAAGAUGCUCUUGACUAUCUUGUUCAUGGUUGGGAGAGUGCCAAAGGUCAGACCUUGUAUGUUUCCAGAUCAGACCUCUUACCUCAAGAAAUGGGAGCAGAUGUCUUCACACAAGUGAGGAACUUUUGCGACAAAUACAAUCCCGAGCGCAAGUUUAUUCUUUUGGCGGCAAUAACAGUUGCAAAUGAAAUUGCUGCAGCUUUGGAAAGAGAAGUUGUGGUGCGUGGAGCUAAGAUGCACCUGUCACCCUCAUUACCCGAGGAUGACGUGCAAACAUUAAUACUAACCAUCACCAAAACGGAUCCCGAAACAGGGGAUCCAGCUCAAACCACCGUGGAGGAUCGAAAAAAUGGUCUCAGUGUUGUUGUAGAACAAUUAGCUGCCAGGGGAGUAGAUCUAGAAAAGUUAUAUCCUCAUACAUACAGAAAGAUUUUACGUUUUGUCAAUGAUAACGAGCCUUUUACGCCCAUUAGUAUAUUUCCGACAGAUGAAAGGAAUGGUAGAGUAUUCAUGUGCAUCAUACUUCCAUGGGCUGAUGCAGACAUUAUCACAAAUAUUUCUACAAAAGGUGGACUGAAUAAAAGUUCAAAAAGAAAAUGGCCUCUCUAGUAUUAUCAGCUGGUUUGUCUCCUAUAUUUCCUUAUGGUAUUUUUAAAAAAUUCUUCAAAAGCCUAACUUGUAAUCUAAUCAUAUGAUAUGUAAGAUUCGUUGUUCCAUUUGGCUCAGUAUAGCAACACAAAAUGUGCUAUUCAAUUACUUGAAUUUCGAAGUAAUACAAAAAUUUAAUACACGUGAUAGUUAGCUUAUGACAAUAAAGAGAAACACAAAAGAAGCUUAAGGCUUGUGAAUACCUCAAAAAUUUAUAAUAGUAUUAAUUGCUUCAAAAUUCUUAUUUAUGAACAUACUUAGAUUAUUUAAUUAAUAAUGCAGAUAUUGAUUAUAAGAUUUCCAUAUAUUUUUUUUUACAUUCUGUGUGAGGAUCCCUUUAUACAUACAAAUGAUUAAUUUAUAAUAUAUACAUUGUUUCUACUGUGAAUCAAA